AUGCCGAACUUAGGAAUGAACAGUCUCUCAAACAACGCCCUUCUCGCCAACAACAUGGCGCUUAGCAACGACAUAGCAGCAAGUGGAAUUUCUGCCCUUGGAAACGGCAUCGCUGGCAAUUCUAUAGCAGCUAACGCCAACGCAAUAAACGCUGCUACUGCAAACGCAGCAGCAAUAAAUGCCGCUAAUUUAAACAACCUUUCUAUAGGCGGUCUGCCUAUAUCUGGCGUUUCUCCGAUCGGUUACGGUGAUGUCGCUGUUGUUGGUGAGAUGCCUGUUGGUGGCUCAACAGCUGUUGUUGGGAACGUACCUGUGAUUGGCUAUGUGACUUUCGAAGGGAACGUACCAGCUGGCGGGACAGUGACUCUCGCUAGUAACUGUGGCUGCAAUGGCGCGCCUUUGUACUGA